AUGGAAGUAGCCAACCAAAAACUGAUGUUCAUCGGAAUCAUGUCCCUUGUGUUUGUGGUAGCCACUUUUCCGACAGAUGCCAGAAAGCUCGAUGAAGUAGAUGAUGUUUCCUUAACCCCGCCCAAGCAUUUGCAUUAUGGGAUGCUACCCAAAGGUGUACCGAUUCCUCCAUCUGGGCCAAGCAAAAGAUCCUCUUCUCCUUCUCCUCCUCCUCAUCGGUUGCAUUAUGGGAUGCUACCCAAAGGUGUACCGGUUCCUCCAUCUGGGCCAAGCGAAAGAUCCUCUUCUCCUUCUCCUCCUCCUCAUCGGUUUGGAAUUGUAUUCCAUGGUUUGUCCAAGGGUCCUGUUCCUCCGUCUGUACUGAAUGUAGACUCAUUUUACGGCAACGGAAGGGGUCCGGUUCCUCCAUCUGCACCCAAUGCAGGCCCGGGGAAGUAA